AUGGCGAACCGACACUGGGAGCAGAACAAGGAUGCGACGGUGUAUGUAGGGAACUUGGACGAGAGGGUGACGGAGGCUAACCUCUGGGAGCUGAUGAUCCAGAUGGGUCCGGUGUACAAUGUGCACAUGCCCAUGGACCGCGUGUCGCGCACACACCAGGGUUAUGGCUUCAUCGAGUUCGACACGGCCGAGUCCGCCGACUACGCGGCCAAGGUGCUCAACGGCGUGCGCCUGCACCAGAAGCCGAUCCGCGUUAACAAAGCCUCCGCCGACAAGCAGAAGCCGCAGGACAUAGGCGCUGAGCUCUUCAUCAACAACCUCGACCAACAAGUCGACGAGAAGACCCUCUACGAUACCUUCUCCCAGUUCGGUGGACUCGUUGCCCCGCCUACCGUCAUCCGCGACCAGAACAACAUCUCGAAAGGAUAUGGUUUUGUAUCGUUCGACAGCUUCGAGGCUAGUGAUGUUGCCAAGGAGACCAUGAACGGGCAAUACCUGCUUAGCAAGCAGAUCACCGUGGAGUACGCAUACAAAAAGGAUGGCAAGGGCGAACGCCAUGGCGACGAAGCAGAGAGGAAGCUUGCAGCAGAGGGCAAGAAGCACAACAUCGUUCCCGAGCAACAGCCUCUGCCUCCGGCGUUCCUCAUGACGGCUCCCGCACCCGGCGCUGUCGUUAACGGCGCUCCGCCUGGAUACGUCGACCCUCUCGCUGUUGGUGCUCCGCCUGGCGGCGCCGCUAUCCCGCCGCUCGGCAUCCCGGCCGGGUUUGGCGCUUCUCCCAUUCCCGGUGGCGGGCCCAGGUUCGACGGGCCUCCAGCUCCUCCUGGCUUCGGCCGCGCCACGAACCUGCCCCCUGCUCCGUCAGGUCUACCCGCUCGCCCUCCCCAGAGCUCCGUUGGCUUCGGCGGCCCUGUCGGCGACUUCCACCCCGGUGGACCGCCCUUCCGUGGUGUCCCGCCACCGGGCCCGACUCCUCCAGGUUUCGCUAAUGCCCAGCCUCCACCUGGCUUUGGCACUCCUCCCAACGCCGCUCCAUUUGCGCCGCCCCCAGGAUUUGCACCACCUGGCCAGGCACCCCCUCCUGGGUUUGGCCGCCGCUGA